AUGUCGCAUCCACCAUUUGGUAUUGAGAAGUCAUCCGAAUCCAUUUUCAUUACCCGGAAUGUCGACGUUGAGAGUGGACCAAAGGAUAUCACUGUGGCAACACUGCUGACUGCAUCAUGGGCUUUUGUUCUCGCACGACACCUCAAUGUACGGGAUGUGACCUUCGGAAGUGUGGUCACAGGACGCAGCCUUGAGCACUUUGACGCGGACAGAAUUAUGGGCCCUUGCUAUCAUGUGAGGAUAGAUUUCGAAAACCGUUUUACAGUAAUUGAAUUUCUUCGUUUUGUUCAGAAUCAAGCGAUCGAAUGUGGCCAGUACGCAGCGAUUGGACUAAAACAAAUCACCCAAGCUUGUACCAAUUGGCCCUCGGAUACAAAGUUCUUCGACUCACCUGUUCACCACCAAGACAUUGAUUAUUUCGACACGCUACCUUUCGGAUCAGGAUCUUGCAGAGUUGGCCUCUUGAAUCCUCAUCCUGAACCAGCACAGGAGUGGAAAAUUGUGUCGUUUCCAAAAGAAGGAGAAAUAUGCAUUGGAAUUGAGACAAGCGAAUCUUGGGUUGAUUUCGCUACAGGAAUGCUGUUGGAGCUGGCUGGAACUGUCACAUUGUUUGCUCAGAAGCCAGAUGCAGAUCUUCCCUGGCUGAGGUAA